AUGCCUCAUGUUGGUGUCGUAGGUGCUGGUUUGGCUGGGCUUAGAUGCACGGAUAUUCUCCUUCAACAUGGAUUUAACGUGACUUUGAUUGAAGGUCGGAAUCGACUUGGCGGCCGAGUACACCAAAGACAGCUGCCAUCAGGACACAAGGUUGAUGCCGGUCCAAACUGGAUUCAUGGGACUGAAGACAAUCCUAUUCUGGAUCUGGCCAAAGAGACCAACACCGAAGUAGCUUCAGUACAAGGAAAGAGCUCCAUCUUUGACAACACCGGGAGACAGAUUCCCACUGCCGAUGUCAUCGCUUAUUCUGGCAUCAUGUGGGAUAUUGUGUCGGCUGCGUUCGCGCACAGCAAUAAACACUCCGCAACCAUCAGUCCAGACGAAAGUCUCUGGGACUUCUUCCAGAAAGAGGUACCCAAACGAAUACCGGAUAGCAGCCCAGAUUUUGAGCAAAAAAGGAAAUUCGUAUACGAGAUCGCAGACCAGUGGGGCGCCUUCGUGGGUAGCCAUAUCUUCACACAGAGUCUGAAAUUCUUCUGGCUUGAAGAGUGUAUAGAAGGAGAGAACCUAUUCGUUACAGGUACAUAUGAAAAGAUCCUUCAACUUGUCGCAAAACCGGCUGUUGAAGGCGCGAAUAUCAAAUAUGAGACAAUAGUCAACAAGAUCCAGACUAUUAACGAUGAGGACGGGGUGCUAAGAGUCCAUACUGAAGGUGGUGAGCUCUUAGAAUUCGAUGAAGUUGUACUUACCGCGCCUCUUGGCUGGUUGAAACAACAUACCGAUGCCUUUGAGCCACCAUUACCGUGGAAGCUCACGAAAGCCAUCAAAAAUAUAGGCUAUGGCUGCCUCGAGAAGGCUUAUAUUAGUUUCCCAAAGGCGUUUUGGCUCCCUACGCAUCAGGAGGAUCACACCGUCGGGGGGCUUAGCCAAAUGCUCUCACCAAGCUAUGCCACCAGUUCGAACCCGCAAAAGUGGAAUCAAGAGUUUCUCGAGCUGGCUUCUCUUCAUCCCACUGCUGCACCGCCAACACUGCUCUAUUAUUUCUAUGGCGACCAGUCAAAAUUCAUUACGGGUGAGCUGGCGAAACUCGCUUCUGAGGAAAAGAAAGACGCUUUUCUGCUUGAGUGGUUUAAACCAUAUUACUCAUUGCUUCCCCAUUACGACGAGAAAAAUCCGGAUUGCCAGCCCACUGGUUGCUACGCUACCGAAUGGCUUAACGAUGACCUCGCCGGGAACGGCAGUUACAGUAAUUUCCAAGUCGGCCUUGAAGAGGGCGACGUGGACAUCGAAACCAUGAGGGAGGGUCUUCCAGGCCGAGGUCUUUGGCUGGCUGGUGAACAUACAGCACCAUUCGUAGCCUUGGGCACGGCCACAGGUGCGUACUGGAGUGGGGAAUCAGUCGGCAAGAGAAUCGCGCAAGCCUACUCUAGAGGAGAAGGUGGCGUGACCGUCUUUGCUUGA